AUGUCAUAAAUUCAACUAAUAACAUUAUUCCUCUCGGACACGGAAUAAAACAUCCCUUUCACUUAUAAUGAAAAUACCAAAGUCUAGACUAUUUUCGACAGACUCAAGACUUAGAACAACUAUUCUGAUCAUAUGAGACUCUUGCUUAAUGGAUAAGUGCUUAACGGAGUCAAAGACAAAAGUUUUAAAGAGAGUGGUAUUAAGAUAGGGGACACUAUUUAUGUUCUAAAUCAUCUGAAGUAUAAUCACAUCUAGGAACAAAUAAAAAUGAUGCGCGAAAAAAAAUUCGUAAAAUCUGGAAUAAAUGCAAUGCAAUCGUAGAAAGAUAAAUUCAAAGUUAACCCCCACAGUCUAAGUGCCAAGCCUAAUCAAGCACUGCAGUAAUAGGACACUGAAUCUAAGAGAAGUCCAUGGAAUUUCUUAUUCAGUGGAUUUUAAUCAAAAUCCAAUAAUGAUGAUUCUAACAACAGUUCGAAUGAAAAAGCUAAGAGAAACCAAUUCAAUGAACGGGAAAAAGAAGUUGAAAAUAUUGGUUAAGAGGCUACCCCUGAACUUAUAGCAUAGAUUACUGGAGCAAAAAGUGUUUUGAAGCCAUAGAAUUCUAGGUUACAUGGAUUAAAUCCUUUUGGAGGUGGAGGAGAAGACUAGCUUUUCGAAGCUUUUCAAACAUUUAUAAUGCACAGAGCUAGAGAAGAAGGUGCUCCAAUGGAAAUGAGUUCGAUGAAUAGUAUUUUCGGUGGACUGCAUGCGGGGAGUGCAGGAGAAAGAUCAAUAUUUAUUAGAAAUAGAGAAGCUGAGAGGUAGUAAAGGCAUGAGCGAAGGCACCAAGAAAGAUAGCCUGAUCCAGCUAUGAUUAAGAGUCUGACAGAAAUGGGAUUCGACGAGGAGAGAUCAAAGAGAGUGUUAAAGCACUUCAAAAAUAAUCUUAAUAUGGCUAUGGACUAUCUGAUCAACACGCCUCUUGAAAACGAUGCUAUUCUUAACCAGGCAAGUGAUAAUGCAGGAUCGGCUGCUGAGCACUUUGUACCAAACCAAGAGUCUUUGACAAUGCUCGUAGAAAUGGGCUAUACAAAAGAGGAUGCUAUUUAUGCACUUAAGGUAACUUCUAAUAAUCUAGAACACGCUUGUACUUACUUAAUUUCUAACCCAAAUCCAUCUCAACAAUCAAGCCGAUCCUAAGCAUUUGGAAAUUUAUUUACUUAGAGUAGAUAACAAAACUUGCUUGAUCAUAAUCAUGCGAUGCUAAGUAGCAUAAAUUAACCUCGACCAGGCGAUUACACGAUGGCAAGUAGUUAAAGAUAAGAAUUCUCGGCUGAGAAUAGUAGAAUAGCAUAGGCAUUGAAUAGCAUUAUGAGAGCAAGAGAGUUCAAUCAAAUUAACUAGCAAUCAGCUUCAAUAUUCAGAGCUCCAGGAAGAGGCUUUUCACAUAACUUUGGAAGUUCUAACAGUGAAAAUAACAGCAGCAACUAAAAUUCAAACAAUUUAUCUAACAAUAACAACAACAUUCCGCAUUCUUCUAAUGAUGGAUCAAAUAAUUAAUGA